ACUACCGCUCAUAGUCAUUUUGCUAUAAGUCAUAUUUUGGUUAAAUGUAAUUGCAAGCUUGCAACCCUGCGACAGCAAAACACAUGAAAAUUUGUGUAAUUUUAUCAUCAAACAAACAGAGAACUCAUUAGCACCAAAAUUCAUCCAGUCAACAUAAACUUACAAUGGAAGACAAUUCAAAUCUCCAAGUCGAGGCCCCAAUGACCGUAAUUGAAAAACCAUCAGAAGAUCACGAGGAAUUAGAACGUAGAGGAAAAAUUUUCACCCACUCCCUAACUUGUGACAGCAAAGAAUGUCCUCAUACUGACUGCCCGCGGUUUAGAUCACUGCGAUUACAUCGUAAUAAUUGUGACAACGUUCAUCCGAUUCUUUGUUACCCUUGCAGGUAUUGGCUCGUUUUCUUAAAGUAUCACAUAAAAAAUUGCAGUACUACGUCAUGUCCACUGAUGGAAUGUAUGAGAGCUAAAAUAGUACGUCAGCAUGUCGUGAAUAUGCGAGAUUUAAAGCUCCCGAAAAUAAAUUCAAAGUCUGGUUGGUCUCGCAGAGGUAAAUUUUCUUGCCCAUCAACUGCCAGCGGUAAAAUAAUGAAGCAGCAUUUAAAUGCCAUAAAGCAUAGAGUUCAGCAGGCGCAGGUUCUUCGUGGACUGGCUUCCAUGAGUAUCGAUAGUUCAUGUGGCUCUGGUGUAAAUAAUAAUUCGUUGACUGAAAAAACUGUCAGUCUCAAUAACGGAAGCAUCGAUUUAUUAAAACGAAUUGAAGCCAUUGUUAAAUGUCACUUUACUGAUCUCCAUCCACUCAAUCCACCAAAUCGUAACCCACAUGCACGAGCAAAUUUUUUUAAAUAUGUCGAUAGUUAUAAGUCAGCAGUUGUACCUCUUUCUGCGCGCACUGUUUAUUCAGGUUUUGAAUUUCUGUUCAGUCCAGUUAAAUUUGUUAAAAAAGUUGGCGAUGUUACUUCACAGAUGCAAACUGUUUCUAUUGAACGCGAUAAUCGUAGUAUUGGUUUUUCAAUUCCAAGAUGUAAUCGUGUUUCUAUUCAAGAGCUCGAUUUGUCUGCCAUGAGCUUGACCGACAAUAAACCGGGAGCUAGUAUUGAAGAAAUAAAUAAAAUAGAAAUGGAUAAAAUUCAGCAGGAUAAAUUACUUGAAGAAAUGGCGGCUAUGAAUAUUGAUGGUCACGUUUCUAAUUCUGAUACCAGUUAGUUUUGUUAAUGGACAAAAUUUAUAGAUAAAGAUCUGGAAGAUGGUGGUGGAAAAAAAACAUUUUUGCCCUUUUUAAUAUAAUUAAAGUUCUUACUUGCGGACUAGUGAUAAUUUUUAAAAAAACAUGCGGGCUUAAUUUUCAAAAAAGUUUUUAAUUUUUCAAACGAUUUUUGUAAUCAGUAACAGAAUUUACUUAUCAACGCAAAAUAAUUCUUUUGAUUUUGUCCGAUGACUAAGGACUUGAUUGCACAAAAUUUUCAGUAAAGAAAAGCAAAAAGUAUUUGAAUUAAGACUCGUCUAUUGGCGCUGAUUAUUCUAAGGUUCAUUUCUUUAUCCACAGAAUAAUAAAUAUUUUAAAAUAAAUAUAAAGUAAUUUAUACCAUUAAAA